CAUGCCGCCACGCGCAAAGGCUCCAAGGCCCACGGUUCCGUCGCAGACGCUGGUCAUAGACAAUGGCGCGUACAGCAUCAAGGCCGGUUUCGCUACCGAAGAUGCAGAGUUAUCGUCAUGCCGCGUCCUACCGAACUGUAUAACCCGCGGCAGAGACAAACGCGUGUGGAUUGGCUCGCAGCUGGAGCAAUGUAAAGACUUUGGAGAGAUGGCUUUCCGGCGGCCGGUGGAGAAAGGUUAUAUUGUCAACUGGGAGGGCGAGAAGGCAAUUUGGGAGCACGAGUUCCUCGCGCAAGAUGCUGUAUUGAAAUGUGACCCGCAUGAUACGACUUUGAUCCUCACCGAAGCUCCCAACUCGCCUCAGGCGCUGCAAACCAACUGCGACCAGAUGAUCUUCGAGGAGUUCGAGUUUGCGUCCUACUACCGGACUUUGGGGCCCAGUCUCAACGCCUACAACGAUAUCCGCGCCCUAUUUUCCGACCCUCCGCCUUCUCCCUCUGCUCAAUCCGGGUUUCGUGAUCCGGCUCAAUGUCUUUUAGUGAUCGACUCCGGCUAUUCGCAUACCACCAUCACACCUCUCUACAUGGGACAGCCAUUCCAAUCCGCCAUCCGGCGUCUCACUGUCGGCGGCAAGUUUAUGACGAACUACCUGAAAGAAUUGAUUUCACUGCGUGCCUACAAUUUUAUGGACGAGACGCAUCUCGUCAAUGAGAUCAAAGAAGACGUGUGUUUUGUGUCAAACGACUUCGCACGCGAUCUCGAUAGAACAUGGAAAGGCAACGGCAAAGCCAUCGACACCAACAUCGUUGUCGACUACAUCCUCCCAGACUACACGGAGCGACAGCGCGGGUUCGCGCGGCCGCACGACCCAUCCGCCGCCGCCAAGGCGAAGCGGCUCGGCCUCACGGCGGGCCCGAAAGAGGACCUAUUGCCUCUCGGCAACGAGCGUUUUGCGGUGCCGGAGCUUUUAUUCAACCCCUCGGACAUCGGCAUGCAGGAAGCCGGACUGCCCGAGACGGUAAUGCAGAGUCUGCGGGCGCUGCCGGAGGAGCUGUGGCUCGGGAUGUUGGCAAACGUGAUGGUGGUGGGCGGGAACGCGCUGAUCCCGGGGUUUGUGGAGAGGCUGGAGGCGGAGCUGCGCAGGAUCUCCCCCGCGGAGUAUCCGUUGCGCGUCGGGCGGCCGGAGGACCCGGUCAAGAGCACGUGGAUGGGUGGGGUGGCGUUGGCGAAGAACCCGGCGCUCAGGUCGUUGGUAGUUACCAGGGAGGAGUAUCUGGAGAAGGGGAGCAGUUGGUUGGCGAAGACAUUUGCUUCGGGGCCGAGGUGAGGUUGCGAUUCUACUCCAUCUCUUCCUCCCUCUUCCUCUUUUCUGUGUUGGAGAAUGCAUCACUGUGUUGUUUAGAUACCCAUUACCUGAGCCACGACACGACACGGCUUUGUCGACUUUUACUACGUUUGUGAACUAUUCUCAGCAAAAUCACAAAAAGGAACACGACCUGCUC